AGUUAAAACCCCAAAGGGGACUGUUUUAGCUUCCACUUCCAUGGUCGGUCUCGCGCACUGAGAGACGUGAAGCAAGAUACAACACUUGCAAUAAUCCAAAUCCUCCCCAUUUCUUCUGAACCAAAAACCCUAAAACCCACUUACCUUUCUUGUCUCGUCUUUCUCUCUGGAGAUGGCUUCUUCGAUAUCUCUAAGGCCGACGAGCCUUAUCCUCUCAUCAACUUUCUCUACAGGCAGAGUCCUCCACUUCCGCCGCUCCCCUUUCAGCCGCACACCGUCGUCUUCCUCUUGCCGCCAUCGGACUCUGGUUGCUCAAUUCGGAUUGGGACCAGGUUCGUUUCCCGACCCAGGCUUCUCACUCGAUUUGAUCAAGGACCAUGCUGAGAGUCUUCUCUACACCAUCGCUGAUGCCGCCGUUUCGUCCUCAGAAACGUUUGAAUCUGUUUCCGGCACUACCACAAAGCAGAACAGUGAUUGGUUCUCUGGUAUCGCCAAUUACAUGGAAACUAUUCUCAAGGUUUUGAAAGAUGGGUUAUCGACAGUAAACGUACCUUACUCUUAUGGUUUUGCUAUCAUUCUACUCACCGUGCUUGUUAAGGCUGCUACGUUCCCCUUGACGAAAAAGCAGGUCGAAUCUGCUAUGGCUAUGAAGUCUUUGCAGCCUCAAAUUAAGGCCAUUCAGGAACGCUAUGCUGGUGAUCAGGAGAGAAUUCAGCUUGAAACUGCCAGAUUGUAUAAACUCGCUGGAAUAAACCCCCUUGCAGGGUGCCUCCCCACACUAGCCACAAUACCAGUCUGGAUUGGACUAUAUAGAGCCCUCUCAAAUGUUGCCGAUGAGGGACUCUUAACGGAAGGCUUUUUCUGGAUCCCUUCUCUUGCCGGUCCAACAACUGUUGCUGCAAGACAGAGUGGCAGUGGAAUCUCAUGGUUGUUCCCUUUCAUUGAGGGACACCCACCUCUCGGAUGGUCGGACACAUUAGCAUAUCUUGUCUUACCUCUAUUGCUCAUCUUCACUCAGUAUCUCUCCAUUCAAAUCAUGCAGUCCUCGCAGGGGCAGAGUAAUGAUCCAGCAAUGAAGAGCUCACAAGCGGUGACGAAGCUUCUUCCCCUGAUGAUUGGUUAUUUUUCACUAUCAGUUCCUUCGGGUUUAAGUCUCUAUUGGUUGACCAAUAACAUUUUGAGCACAGCACAGCAAGUAUGGCUUCAAAAAUAUGGUGGUGCCAAAAAUCCGAUGGAGAAGCUAACUAAUUUGGUCAUGAAGGAAGAUAAAACUCAAAAGGUUGAGAAGUCUAUCUCAGAACCGCUAGUUCAGAAGUCUGUUUCAGAACUGAAAAUACCAAAAGAGAAGGGCGGUGAAAAAGUGACCUCAGAAGGGCCCAAACCUGGUGAAAGGUUUAGGCUGCUCAAAGAACAAGAAGCAAAGAGACGACGAGAAAAAGAAGAGGCUAGGCAGAAAGCCGAAGCAGCUCUGUCAAAUCAAAAUAUAGGCAGCGUACAGGAACAAGAGGAGAAAUCUGAUACAGCUGAUGUCGCUGUAGGAAAUAAUGAGAAAGCCAAACUUUCAGCAGUGGGAGAAACAGCUGAUGGCUCUGUCGCUGUGAAUGGGAAGCCAUCCAUUCAUGGCGUUGGCCAUGAUACAGAACAACACCAUUCUCAUGAAGCAUAGAAGAGGGUAACACUAAAGGUGAAGCUGAACAAAGAAAGAGGAGGAAUCUCGGUAUUUGGCCUUUAGCCCAUAUGCAACAAAGUUGAAAGAUCUUAGGAGUGGGGGGACGGUGUGGUCUUUACAGUUUAGAUAUGUGCAGGAAGACCUUAGGAAAUGCCGAAAUGGUCAAAUGGGUUUUGUAAGUCAUGGAAGUUUAGUUCAUGUUCUAAAUACGUUAUUCCACAGGUUUUGCUCUAAUACGACAGUGGUUUGAACUCUUCAAUUAUGAGACUUGGCUGAAUCUCCGAUUGAGAUAUGGUUAGAAACGUAGAAAAUACAAACAAUA